AUGGUGGUGUUACUUCGUGCCACACAUGAGUUUAAUUUUAAGGGUUUUCAUUUUCUUCUCCAAGCCGACUCCCUGGCUCCGUGUGAACAGCUAGGGUGGUUGUGUUCUGGGCUUAAGCGGGCUUCUGCCCUUUUCCUAGUAGGCCGCCAGCCACAGCCCACAAAACACACCCGCAGACUCAACGGGAACAGGGGAACCAUGUUGCGGGCGGCGGCGUCAAGGUGCGCCGGCGGCGCCAUCCGGCGGCUGUCGGUGGCUUCGUACCCAGAAGCGGUAGGCGCGCGGAGGAAGCCUCCCCUGGAUGAGGGGGACUGGUCCUACUACAAGGAGUGGUGGGGCGAGGACGACGGCCCCGGCGUUGGAGCUCACACCGUCUUCUGCCGCCACUCCGAGCAUGGCAAUGGCGUCGUCUCCGUCGUCGCCUACCCAGCCACCCGACCGGCCAGCGAUCAGUGGCCAGUGACGGAGAGAUGGCUUCAGGAAAGAAAUUCGGCAAUGUACCCAGAAUCAAGUGGUGCUGACCAGUUUAAGAUACUAGGCUACCAGUGGCGAGUAAUGCGCUUUAACGACCAUACACGGCAAAGUACUGCAAAAGUAAUGGCGUGUUACCGGUCUGGGGGUGAUAGAGCAUUAUACUCAAUGCAGCAACCCAAUUGUUUAGCUGUUCCUUAUGUCAAGAGCAUGGUAUCAGCAGGGUUGACAGCACUCCCUAGUUGUUCUUAUGAUCUCCCUCAAGCAGUUUCUGAGCCGAACACUAUGAAAAUUCUUUGUAUCGGUCAUGGUGGCGGCAGCAUACCAUUGUUUUUGGCUAGUAAAUUCAAAGGUGCUGAUGUCCACAUUGUGGAGAUCGAUCCAGUCGUCGUCUCAGCCUCGGUCGAAUCCAUGGGCUUCCCCGCAUCAUGCGCGAAAGGGUUAUCAGCCCACACCAUGCAGCCCGCCGACGGCGACGAGCUACUAUGGAACGGCGUCCACGACCGCAUCUCCCUCCACAUAGAAGACGCGGAGGACUUCAUCGCCGGCGACAGCAACGUCUACGACCUGGUCUUCAUCGACGCGUACGACGGGAACGACAUAUUCCCCCGCAAGCUCUGGGACGCCGACGGGGCGUUCCUGAGGAACCUGGAGGAGAAGGUUCACCCGGUCCAUGGCACCGUGGUGGUGAACCUGCACUCGGACUCGGGGCCGUCAUCCCCCGACGUCGACGACGAGGCCCCCUUCGAGAACGUGCUCCCCAUGGGCAGGUCCAAGCAACGCGGUUCUUGUGCUAUUAAUAAAAUCGAUCAGGCCACGAGACGAGAGGUGAGAUCUCGACUUGGGAACUCUCACAAGAAGACGCCCAGACGAGAGGAGAGGAUGCUGCUGAGGAGCUCCUCCACGCCAUUCCUGCGCUCCUUCCUCUCCUCCUCUUCCUCCCCUUCGCCCCCUUCCUCCCUCCAGCUCCGGCGGGCCUUCUCCGACGGCCACCUCCCUUCGCUCAACCCCUCCUCCUCCGGCGACAACGACAGCAACAGAACCACCGGCCUCCACACCGAGCUCUCCUUCUCCAUCUACAACACCUUCAGCAAAGCCAAGCUGGAGCCCCACCAGGAGCAGGAGAUGGAGGAGGAGCAGGAGCAGACGGCGCAGCCUGAGCUGCCGGAGCUGCCGCUGUUCCUGGCGAGGGGCAUGGGCAUCGACCGCCUCGCCUCCGGCCUCUUCACCGCCGGCAUGGGCUCCGAGGCUGCCCUGGCUAGGAUGGCCAGCGGGGUGGACCAGAAGGCGGUGCUGGCGCUGGACGCCCAGUACAAGGAGAUGGUCGACGAGCAGCCCGGCAACGCCCUGUUCCUGCGCAACUACGCGCAGUUCCUGCACGAGGUGAAGUGCGACCCGAGAAGGGCGGAGGAGUACUACUCGCGCGCCAUGCUCGCCGACCCGACCGACGGCGAGAUCAUGUCGCAGUACGCCAAGCUGAUGUGGGCGGUGCACCGCGACCACGAGAGGUCCCUCACCUACUUCCAGAAGUCGGUGCAGGCAGCCCCGCGGGACAGCCACGUCCUCGCGGCGUACGCCAGCUUCCUGUGGGAGCAGGACGAGGACGACGACAACGAUGAUGGUGGUGUUGGGGGAGGCGAGCAGGGAGCACCCGGGCGUGCUGCGCAGCCGAGGCAGCUGUCUUCCGCGGCCGUUUGA